AUGAGCGACCUCCAGAAAUCCUUCGCCAAGUCCAAACUGGCCAAAUUUCCAUCUGAAGCACCCAUGCCUGAAUCAAUGAAUCCAGAGGAUGUCUGGGAAAGCUCUUCUGCUUCUUCGGUCUCAUCAACUGGCACCAUGGUCCCAUCACCCACCCGACAGCUAUUUGCGCGAGCGGGCCGACGGCAAUCGUCGCAAACUUCUUUGACAUGGACGGAUUUCUUUGAACAAGAGCUAUUCAUUCCCGAUGACGUGGAAAACCUCCACAUCGUUCACCAUGUCUAUUUAACACCACCAACUGAAAAAGGCCCACUCUUCGUUAUGCAUCAUGGAGCUGGCUCAUCAGGAUUGUCAUUCGCGACAUGCGCGGAGGAGAUCCGCAAGAUCCUUCCCAAGGCGGGUAUCUUAUCCCUGGAUGCUCGAAGUCAUGGCCGCACUGUCAUGACCACCUUGGACGGAAAGAUCGAUGAGACGUCCCCCUCAACUGGAGAUGCCGCACGCACCGAAGCUUCGGGCCUGGUUGAGCUAGACCUCAGCCUAGAGACUCUGAGUCGGGAUCUGGUCUAUGUCAUUCACCGAACGCAGACCCGAAUGGGUUGGGAGAAUCUCCCGGAUAUCAUCCUUGUAGGACACAGUUUGGGCGGUGCUGUGAUAGCAGAUGUGGCGAUCAAGGGGGAGCUAGGUCAGAAGCUGCUGGCAUAUGCGGUGUUUGAUGUGGUAGAAGGAUCUGCGAUGGAUGCUCUGCAAAGCAUGGAGAUGUAUCUCUCAACACGACCGACUCGGUUCCCAUCACUUCAAUCUGGAAUCGAAUGGCACACUCGUUCCCGCACUCUUCGCAACACCACUUCUGCUCGCGCCUCUGUCCCCUCGCUCUUAUACGAAGAAAUCGAACCCUCCAAUUCAUCUCGCCCUUGGGUAUGGCGGACCAAUCUCUCCGCGACUAAGCCCUUUUGGGAAAAUUGGUUUGUCGGUUUGAGUCGAAAGUUCCUCGACGCGAGAGGCGGCAAGCUUCUGUUGCUUGCCGGGACGGACCGGUUGGAUAAGGAGCUGAUGAUUGGUCAGAUGCAAGGAAAAUACCAACUCCAAGUAUUCCCUGAAGCGGGCCACUUUGUUCAUGAAGACCAGCCUACGAAGACUGCCCAGAUUUUAGCAGACUUCUACAAGCGAAAUGAUCGGAGUGCAUUGGUACUUCCACCGAAGGUUGCUGACAUGCAGGCAUCUGCUGCUAUGAAGAAAGGGAACAAUGGUCCUGUUGGCUUCCCAGGACAAUUGAAAUAA